UCAAUCUAUUUAAAUUUCAAUCACAAAAGGACAGAGAAAGGAAGGCACUUAAUGUUUUUUCUUUACACUUGUUCUAUUAAACUGAAUAUUUUAUAAAUUAUUUCUAUGUGUUUCUUAAACAAAAUAAUACUGUAUAUAAUAUAAGCAUGAAGCCGUUAAUAGAUUUUGAUGAAUGCCUCAGGGAUUCUCCUAAAUUUAGGGAGCAACUUGAAACAGAAGAAGCUAGCAUUGAUUCAUUGGAACAGAAGCUGGAUAAAGUUCUAAAAGCUUGUACAAUAAUGAUAGAAUCAGGCAAAACAUAUAUGAGUCAUAGGGGUACAUUCACAAAUGCACUGUGGGAUUUAAGUGGCUUUUCUGAAGAUGCCUCAGUGAUGGCCACACUCAACCGAAUGAUUCAUGCACUGCAAGAAAUGAACAAGUUUCAUUCCAUACUUUUGGACCAGGCAUCGAGAACUGUACUGAAGAAUCUCACAGCUUUUAUUAAAGUUGAUAUCAAAGGAGUCAGAGAAAGCAAGCACCAUUUUGAUAAAAUCUCGAAUGAUCUUGACAUAGCUUUAACAAGGAAUUCUCAGGUGUCAAGACAUAAGUCAGCCGAUGUGGAGGAGAUAAUGAAUCUCUUGGUGGCGACGCGCUCUUGUUUUCGGCACACCGCCCUCGAUCACGUUCAUAAGAUUACUAUGCUACAAACGAGGAAACGCCACGAAAUACUAGCCACUUUCCUAUCAUAUCUGCAGGCGUGUUGCACUUAUUAUCACCAAGGAGCCGAUCUUUCCGAAGACUUAGAACCAUUCCUCAAAACAACAGCUGAAGAAGUAUCAGCAAUGCGUAACGAUACCAAAGCGCUCGAUAAAGAGAUGGAGAAUCGUCAUACAAUCGUCAACAGUAAAGAUACAGUGUUGCCGAGUUGCAAAGCGAGUCAACAGGAGAAUGAUACCAAAGACGGCCUACUGGGUACACCCUGUCUGAAGAACUUGCCCAGAAUGCAAGGGUACCUUUUCAAAAGAACGUCGAAUGCGUUCAAGACGUGGAAUAGAAGAUGGUUCUAUUUAUAUGAUAAUAAACUCGUGUACAGGAAACGCACCGGUGAAUUGAACGUGACCGCUAUGGAGGAAGACUUGCGUUUGUGCACCGUGAAACCGGUGCACGAUGGCGAGAGGCGCUACUGCUUUGAAGUGUUGUCACCUUCCAAAAGUCACAUGCUUCAAGCUGAUUCUGAAGAAAUGCUGAACGCGUGGAUCUCGGCUUUGCAGAAUGGCAUUAGGUCGGCUAUACAACAGGGUCAAAGCCGCGAUAAUCCUGACUCGCAGCUGGUUCUGGUACCGGACGAUAAGCCCAGCGACAACAAGCAUGCUGCUGCUAGUGUCCGCAUGAGGAAAGUGAGGAUCUGGGAACAAUUGCUCAACAUUCCCGGUAAUAACAACUGCUGCGACUGUGGCGGCCCCAACCCGCGGUGGGCGAGUAUCAACCUCGGCAUCACAUUAUGUAUAGAAUGUUCGGGCAUACAUAGGUCUCUUGGAGUGCACGUCAGUAAAGUUAGAUCACUCACAUUAGACGAUUGGGAACCAGACAUAAUAAAGGUAAUGGCGGAAUUAGGCAACAAAGUUGUGAAUUUAAUAUAUGAGGCAAACACAGAAGGCACUACGAUCACUAGGGCCACGCCAGAUUGUGACACUUCAGUACGUGAAGCGUGGAUCCGCGCUAAGUACGUAUCGCUGUCGUUUGUCAAGAACAUAGUGAGCGCGAGCAGUGUGGAGGCGGGCUCGGACUCUCCAUUGCGGAAUGGACGACGCUGGUCGGUACGGCGCGCUCGCCGCAGGGUACGGGCUGCCCCCAUUGUACCUGAGACUAUUAAUGAUGAGAAAAGUGACGCUAAUAGUGACACGAGUGGCACAGCGUCGGAGAGUUCGGCUAAAAGCGACGAAAGCCCGGUGCUGGUGAUCGGCAGUGAGCUAGCAGCGGACCGCGCUGUCGAUCUCAGCCUGCCCUCUGAUCACGAGUCCACCGAGGGCGAGGACGCUGACGACUUAGGUGCGGAGGAGAUGUGCGGGCUGUCGGCGGGCGCGGUGCUGGCGCGGGCGGCGCGCGCGCACAACGUGGCCGUGAUGCGCGGCGCACUGGCCGCGCGCGCCGACCUGCACCACCGCCACCACCGCGCCCGCACGCCGCUGCACGCCGCCGUGCUCAGCGGUUCCGUGAUGGCGUGUUCAUUCCUGCUGCUGAACGGCAGCAAGCUCAACUUACAGGACGAAGAUGGCAAGACUCCACUGCAUCUCGCCACUGAAGCUGGACACACGGGACAAGUAUGCCUCUUACUGCGGUACCGCGCUGAUCAAUCGAUUGUUGACAACGAGGGACAGACGCCCCUUGACAUAGCCAUCAAACACGCAAACGCGGAUAUCGUCACACUGUUGCGCCUGACGAAGCUGAACGAAGAGAUGCGCGAGAGUGAGAUGUCGUCCAACGACGACACGUACAACGAGGUGUUCCGCGACUACACACAGCUCGCGCACUCGCAUCCCGAGCGACUUGUACGUGCCAGGCACAACAAUAACGAAGGUGAACAACCGAGUGAAUGACCAAUCAAAAAUAACGUGCGGCGACGUUGGCUGUGGUAAUUAUUCGACGACAUCGACUGACUGCCUGCUUUACUUUGUCUAAAAUAUGUGUUCCGAAAGCCGUUCAGCUUAGUGACACUAUUGCGUAUAUAUUUAUAUUGUUACUCUUUUUAAUUGUACCUAAUAAACAUUGUCUUUCAAUUAGACGUCAAUUUAUUGUGCUUGAUUUUAAAUCAAAAAGUAUUUUAAAUAUGAAAAUUUUAUAAGACUGAAGCUUUUCAGUCAUUUUAAAUUUCGCUGUGUGAUUUAUAAGUACUGCAGAAAUUUGUUCUUUUAUAUUUUCACGAUUGAUGACGUUUGCUGAACAGAUUUGGAUGAAAAUUGUGAUAGUUUAAACUUUAUAGAUGGAUAGGGCAUGUGACGUCAUUAAAGAAUAACGCGGAUGGCAAUAUUAUUACAUUUUAUUUACACAUCGAGUUGAUGGUUGCAGCUUUUAUAUAGCUGAUGAAAAUCUAGUAACUGUGUAUUAGUAUGCCUAUCCUUCAAUAGCAUAUUUAACAAAAAGUUAAAUUCUAUAGUAAUUGAAAAUAACUGAUAUUCAACUUUUUUAAUUUUACUUUUUUUUAGCUAUUAGAUAAUUUUAAAAAAUAUAGUAUUUUUUAAUAAAUUAUUCGACAUUUAAUUAAGUUAUUAAAAUAGGACUUGACUAUAGAAUUAUCAUUAACCUUUUUAGGCGAUUACUAAAGUUUUGUUUUUAAUAUAUAAAAUUUUAUCUAAAAAAUUUCGAUUUUUAUAUCAAGCAUAAUAAUAGUAUACAUAAAGUGACGUUCAUAAUCAGUUUAUGUUCAACAAAAACUGAUGUAUAGGUUAAUUAUAAUAUUAAUAUUUUAUAAUGAUCUCCAGUAAAUUGUACGAGGCUUUUUAAAUAUCGUAAUCGAAAUUUUUCUGUACUCAUACUAUAUAUACAUGGUUAUUAUGAUUUAUUUCGUAUACCCAGUCGAGUUUAAUAGGCGUUUCAUGCUGCGGGCGCAAUAUUAAAGCACCAGUACGAUUUCAACGGCCGAGUUAUAUGAAAUUAAUCUUUUGAUAAUCUCAUAAAAUGACUUAACCUCUUGAUAAAAUACAAUCAUAGAAUUUUUUAGUACUAUAAUGCACAUAAGUAAAUCAAUUAAUAUAUUUUAUGCUAUUAAGAGGUUUUGUAAGACUGGUUUGUAACAUCUAAUUAUCUACAUAUAAAAGUUCAAACAAAUAGUUCUCAAUUACAACGAACUGAGAUGAUGUAGAAACCAUUAUUUAAAAUAUAUUUUUUAAAUAUUUUGAAACACUUGUUUUGAAAUGAUGCAUAUAGACGUAAGUCUUGUGCUGUAAACAUUUUAAUAGUGUAAAAUAUGUAAUGUUGUGGCAGUACUGAUUGCUUUCGAGUAUUAAAUUUUCUUCGAAGUUAAAAUAAAUAUACUAGCGAGGAAUGAGCUAAUUCCAAAUUCGAUAUCAAAUCUGAAUGUGUGUAGGUGUGAAUACUUGCGUCUGUGUGUGCAUAUGUACGUGUAUACGUGUGCGUGCGUCCGUAUGAGUAUGUGCGUACAUGCGCGAUUGACUUUGUUUGUCAGGCAAAAAGAUAAUUUGUUCGAGUGAAAUUGUGUAAAGUUCUUUAAUUUAGUACUCUAAGGCAAUUGGAUUGGGCUUUCAGACUUUGAAUUUUAUCGAUAGCAUGUCAUUUUUAUGAUGACAUAUAUAUCAUAUUGAACUUCUCUAUUGUAUAUUAGUCGAAUACUGUCUAAUAUCAGUCGUAUUGUUUAUCACAGCUGUAAUAAAUAUUAAUGGCCAUAUUUGUUGCAUAUUGGUGUGAUGUAUUUAUAGCAAACCAAAGAUUUGAGUAUUCAUAUUGGAAUACAUUAUAAUAACUUUUAAUUAUUGCUUAUUUACAUAACGAUAUAAUGGCCUAUAUUACAAAUUAUUUUAUAUAGUUAGAUAUCAGUGUAUGUGAAUGUGGCAUUAUUAAUUAGCUUUGAGUAAAUUUUUGUAUUAAGAAAUGAAUUAAAGAAGAGAUUAUUGGCAACGAACACAUGAGAAAUGCUAGUUAUAAUCUUUGAUGAUCUUAUAUUUAUUUGAAAUAUCAAAGCAGUACACCAUUUAGAAGUGAUAAUCGUUAUUUAAACCAUAAACAAUAUUAUAGACACCACGUAAGAUGAUAGAAUAUCUAACAUAUAUCUCAUAUGUUUCCUUGUUUAUUUAGCAUGGCAAUAAUAAUUUCAAUCGAUUGUAAAAAUUUUGUAAGUUUAAAAUUUAAAUUAUACAAAAGUGAAAUACCUGAUGGUAAUUUAAUUUAAAUUCUAGAUAUCCAGUGCAUGUAAGAAUCGAAUUAUUUAAAGUCCUUAAAAGUGAAAUGUAAAAUGCCCAUUAUUUGAAUAUUGAAAGUUGAAAGUUCGUCAAACUACUUCAAAAAGAAAGUCGUUCAUAAUUCGAUUCAAUUUGUAUUUAAUUAUAGUUUUUUUUUUUUUUUAUUUAUACGGUUUGUUACUUUAGUGUUUGUCUCAUUUGUAUGAGAUAUAUACUAGCGAGGAAUCGGCAAACAGAAAUUGUUUUCUAUUAAUUUUUUAAUAUUUUUUUUUUGCAGAUCAUGAUUUCUAAUUAUAUUUUCCAUCCCCAAUUCCAUUUAAACUCGCAUAACCAACGAACGCCAAAAACACACAACAAAGAACUAAUCAACAUUCCAUAUAAUAUAAUAUAAAAGCCAUCGAUUAUCUCACUAUCAUUCCGAAAUGAUGUUGCAUUUGAGUUGUCAAUUUGACGAUUUGGUUUAUCAAUUAAAUUGAAUCUCAAACUAUGAUGUAGAAAUUAAAUAUUUUUUAUUAUUAUUUUAACAUAAGUAAUAGAUUUUAACGAUAUAAUAUAAGUAGGUAUUAUGACUAUUUCCACUUGCCAAUUUUUCCUAUUAAAAUCGAUUCUUUUAAUUCGACGUAUAUAUUUACGUCAUUACGAUGUAUCUAUAAACGAGUAUACAAUUUUUAUACACAGCCUCACUGUUUUGAUGAAUUUAUUAUUAUUGUAAGUCUAGCUAAUACAUUGUUAAUGUUUACGAAAUUGUAUGUAAUCAUAUUUGUACGAUAAAAUGUAAUUGAAUGUGUUGUUAUUUGUUGCCUAUAAAUUUUGCACCCGUUUUGUUUGCCCUAUAUUAAAAAAGUAAAAUUAAAUUGUAGAAUGAGAAUAAUAAAUAAUAUUAUCAGAAAGUCU